CUCUAAUGAGCUAAUGCCAGAGUUAUGAUAUGAUGAAAUCAUAAGUUCAAAGCUUCGGGGCAUAUAAUCCCGCGAUGUUCUCACUUCUCCACAAACGGACCUGAUUUCCGAGUCUCCAACACCAAGACCAAAUCUCUAAACAGACUUUCGAGCUGCUGUGUUAAACAAUAAAUGCCGUGGUCCCCGUAUAAUAACACAGAAACGGCCGUCUCUAAGUGGUUCGGCGCGGGUUGUCAAUGUUACCAAGAGGCUCAAUUAGCGGGAUCCUAUGUAGUAACGCGGUUUAAAGGCCUCCGUUUCCCUAAAACGGAAAUACCCGAAUUGGGGAAAGGGGCCCCUUGACGAAAUACAUAAGUACCUUAUGCUGGACAACAUCAGGCCGUCCACAAUGACUACGUGUGGUUUUUAUACUGAGCGGUUCGAUUGUCAAUAUGGUCCUCACUUUGUCAAGUCUUCUGUCGCUCGGUCUGCUCGCAAGCGGAGGAGUCUACGCAGGCCCCUUAAGUAAAACUAAGGGUAGAGCUGUUCCCGAGGGUUUUGUCACCGUUAAAGGAGGCAAGUUCCAACUCGAUGGGAAAGACUUCAACUUUGCCGGGAGUAACGCGUACUAUUUCCCCUUUGAUAGCAACACAACUGAUGUCGAACUCGGACUUGCUGCCGCCAAGGAUGCCGGCCUAAAAGUAUUCCGCACUUGGGGCUUUAAUGACAAGAAUGCCACCUAUGAUCCCCAAGGUCUACCGCAGUAUGGUGGCGAGGGAGCGGGUGCGACCAAUGCUAUUUUCCAAUGGUGGGCCAAUGGCACUUCUACCGUCAACAUCACCGAGUUUGACAAGGUAGUCGAUGCCGCCACUAAGGUCGGAAUCAAACUCAUUGUCACCUUCACUAAUAACUGGGCCGACUACGGUGGUAUGGACGUCUUUACUAUUAACCUUGGCGGGAAGUACCAUGAUGAUUUCUACCGGCUACCUCAAAUUAAAGAUGCAUAUAAGCGAUACACCAAGGAGUUUGUUACGCGUUAUAAAGACUCCGCGACUAUCCUUGCUUGGGAGCUGGCCAAUGAACCGCGCUGCGGUGCCGACGCCGUGCGCAACCUGCCCGUCAGUGGUAACUGCACAGCAGACACGCUAACCUCAUGGAUCGAUGAGAUGAGCACGUUCGUCAAGAGUUUAGACCCUGACCACUUAGUAACAUGGGGUGGAGAGGGUGGCUUUAACCGGGAGUCGGACGACUGGGCCUAUAAUGGUUCUGACGGCGGUGACUUCGACGCCAACUUGGCAUUGCCCAACAUCGACUUCGGCGUGUUCCACACUUACCCCGACUGGUGGACUAAGACUGUCGCCUGGGCUGACCAAUGGAUCCGUGAUCACGCAGCCGCGGGUAAGAAGGCUGAUAAACCGGUGGUCCACGAAGAGUACGGCUGGAUGACGCCCGAGGUGCGCGAGCAGAACGGAAUCCCUGCCGUAAACGCGACGAGGUUGGAGGUCGAAGGGGGCUGGCAGAAGAUUAUGCUAGAAGAAGGUAUGGCUGACUUGUACUGGCAAUACGGCUUCUCGGGAUAUUCCUAUGGUCGUAACCAUAACGACGGCUUCACCAUCUACCUAGACGAUGAAGAAGCGCAGACUCUGGUCUACGAUCAUGCGAAAGCAGUGAACAGCCUUUAAGAGAGCGUCUUAGUCGAUAGCGAUGAAUCGCCGAAAAAGGGGUUCGCCCCUAAGAAUUAUCUCUAGUAGCUAUAUUAGCUAUACAGGAUCGUGUUGAUACG